UUCCGCCUCGACCGACGCAGACUUUUUUAAAGCUCCCGUCCUCUCUUGUCCGUGGACCAACAAAACAUCGUCUCCCAAAGCAGUAAUACCUCCUAGGUUAACUGAAUAGGUGGUUUUAAUUUACGGAUGGUGCACUUUUCCGUGGAGCUUCUAUUAAAUAGUCACUGUUUUGGUUUUCUACAAGGUCACCAAGUUUCAUUUUUCGACUAUAUCAUGCUGAACACAGAGGAGAGUUCGUCGCUGACAUGCCCCAGGCUGUCGGGCUCCAGUACCCAGGGUCCGGGGCCUCUGUGGUGCUCCGAUGCCCCUCACCCACAGCUAAAGAUCCCGGGUGGGCGAGGGACUGUCAGGGAUCACUCUCUGGGCGUGCUACUCCAUAAGGACACACGAUUGACCGUGACCCAGGCCGGUGGCCCGGCCAGCGGCGGCCCGGCGGUUUUCCACUUCCACUACCAGCUGAGCGAGCAGCACGCAGCCUGCUGGGACGCCAUCCUUCGUGGGGAGCGCCUCUUCAUCCAGAUCCCCCCGGGGCAUCUGGCCGAGGGCAGCAAGGAAGGGCUCACCGCUCUGCUAGAGUUCACAGAAGAGAAGCUCAAAGUCGGCUGUGUGUUCCUCUGGUUCCAUAAAAGCAGAGCUGACCGACUGGCCAUCAUCAGGACGUUCCACUACAUGGGCUUUGAGAUGGUGAAGCCGGGAGACCCCGUGGUACCGGCCCGUCCUGACCUUGUCUUCAUGGCCUACCCUCUGGAGGCCAGCAGCUCCGAUGAGGAGUGACCCCCCCUGGACGUCCCUGCAACCCCAUCUGUCCUCCCCCCCCCCUCAUCUUCAUGGCCUACCCACUGGAAUCCCCUGCCACCCCAUCUGUCGUCCCUCACCUCAUCCUCUGCCGAUGUUGCACUGCAACACUCCCCCCCUGGAUCCCUCCCUCUGGAUCCCUCUCUCCCUCUCGCCCAAACUAACCCAACAACAGGAACGGAAACGAACAGCAGAGUUCGAACACAUUCAGCUUCUUCUGCUGACUGUUUGAUGUUUCCCUCUGGUUGGCAGAAGGAACAGAUGUUAACAAGGGCCAACAGCCAUGGUAACAUCUGUCGGACAAUUUGGGUGAAGGUGGGAGAGAAACCACUGCAUAUCUCUCCUCUUUCAGGUCUUCCGAGGCUUUGGGUGGUCACCUUGUAGGCUCCACAUGGGCAUGCUAGAAAGACAGCAUGACGGGAGAUUUUAGUAGCACACAUUUAGCCGACAUUGUGUUUAAAAAGUAGUUUUGCAUUAAAACUAUACAAGUGUGAGUUUGAUGUGUCGAGUUUUCAUGUGAAUGUAAUCAAAUCGAUAUAUAUAUAUAUUUAAAUUAAUUGGUGAUCAUCCAUCUGGCCAUCAUUCCAGCUAGCAUCGCUCACUUGCGGUUUAAAAAAAUCUGUAUUUUUACGAUCUUUUUGGUUAGUACCGAAGACUAUGUUCCUGGCACAUCACGCAUACAUCGUAGACACCACAUAGGUGUUACGGCAAUGAGAAAACUUUUAACCCAAGAUGGGUUAUGCAUUUACAGGCUUCCACUGUCAGAGGAGCUGACACUGUCUAUUCCAACCAGUUUGUUGUUUGAACUAUCCCCUAGUUCAUACCUUUUAGUGAACUGUGCUGUAGGUGACCCUGCUGGAGGCGAAGGCCUGGUUGGAGGAGGGGGAGAGCGAGGGCUCUUUGUGCCUAAAGAGAGGAGUGCUAUAUGCUUUUAUACUCUUGAGUCUUAUUACUGUAGAUACUGUAGAUUACUGUUGAUUUUCCUGUGCACACCCAGCACCGUGGUAUAGAAAUCACCCUUGGCACCUUUAUCGUUUACACAAAGCUGUUCUUUUGUUUUCGUUUUCUCGAACAAAAAUAAAGCCAAAGACUUCAUUCUGUGUCUGCAAACACGGUCAAGUUUAUUUUGAACAUGGAUCUAAGAACCAAAAUAAGCAAUGUGGGGACAAAAAGCAAUAUUGAUAGAUCAUACCGUCUCUGUAUGUCAACUUAUAAGAGGGCAGAUAACCUACUUUGAGAAUCCUCCCUUUUCCUUUGUGUUGGGGUGUUCGGAUUUUGACCUAGUUUGCAUGUGCAUAGACCAGACGCCUCUAUACUGCUGAGUGGCCUGUGACUCAAAAGCUGUUAAACCAAUGUCAAUAUCUGAAUCUUUUCAAAACUGUAUUUAAUGUAAAUUUCUGUGUUUUUUGGGAGGGGUGGGGUCAGGCUGUCAUGGUUUACGGUUAAGAGUUAACCAUUUUAUGACACACAUGAAUAAUAUAGAUAGGCCUUCAUUUCUUCGUGUGGGAGAUAAAUAAAAUGCAUAUCUGAAUGAAGUCAUUUUCUUUCAAUAAAAUAGGCUUUUAUAAUAGAGCUCUGAAAAUUAUUUUGAAACUGGCCUGAUUUAUUCCAAAUACUCCAGUAAUCUGCAGUCUGUUCAACUCUAAAGUGACUACCAUGUUCUGCAGACCAAUGACGUGUAGUUUGCCCUACAGACAUAUCCGUCUAUUGAGAGCGGUUUGGAGCACUUAAACUACUUUAACAAAGUCACGUGUAGAUAGACGUUGCAAGAUUGAAAGAGACAGAGUUGGUCAGUAGGUAACACAUUAGUUUAAGCCUAUAUAGAAUGUGAUAUAUUUUCACAUUGAUUGAACAUAACUCCAUCUCAAGCAUGGGGAUGAUAGCCACUUCCUAGAUCAGGGUUAGGUUUAGGGUUAACAUCCUAUUUCCAGGAAUUCGCUGACGCUGCUUGCCAUCGUUUCUCGGUUUCGUUAGCCUAGCCUACUCCUACAAAUAAUUCUCUACCCAUACACCAAGACGGCUUUAUCAAGACGAAUCAGGUUAGGUAUUUGUAUUGGCUUGAGUUAGUUAUAAUUGAGUAGCCCAACUGUAUUCCCGAAAAAGGGGGCACAAUAAAAUGACCAUUGAUACUUAUGUCAAAAACAAUAUCACAUUAUUCACAAAUAAAAUAUACAUAUUAUUUACUCAAAUGUUCCGGAAAGUGUGCACUUCGAGGCUACAAAUCUUUUUUGGGAUCUCAUGACGAACAAGAACUUAACUUGGGCCAUAAGUAGGCCAAUACGAUGGUUAAGAGUCCAUCUCUUCUUCAAACAUAGCCCUGAACAUAUCUGCAUUAUUAAACCAGUACCAUUUUAGCUAUGGAAAAGCAGUGAUGACGAUAUCUUCAGGGUAACCCACUACAUGUGGUAACUAUAAAAGCAAUGUAAUAUCAUACAUUACAAUUCGUGGAUGUUUUUACCUAAGCACCUUCAAGUACGACAAAGAUCCCCGUGCUGUGCAUUCAUAUGGAGCAA